CUGAGUGUAGGGCAAACAGUAACAACCUACACAUUGGCACCUACAAACUGCACUUGGAAAUGAAAGAUCUUAAUAGGAUGCCUCUGAGGUAAGUGGCAUCAUACUUUUCACUUGAUAAUCUUGGACACGGGUCAGAAAAAUCAAACUGGCUUAAUGAAAUUGCAUGUAACUGAAAAUGCCAGAUGUAGAUAGUCUUUAGGAUUCAUCCAGCAACUCAGACAUGGUCUUAGCAUUCCUGUUUUUCUCUGCCCUAUCUACAGUUGUGACUUCAUCCUCAGGCCCCACAAAGUGGCUUGUCCCUUUGUGUAGGAGUAGAAUGCUGCCAUGAUUCCAGACCUGUCAUUCUCACACAGUGCCGACCAGGAAGAGAAAGGGAACCUUCCCAGGCUCUCAGGAGAGAGGAAUCCUUUUAUUCACAGAAACCCCAGUAAGCAUCUCCUGUCUCAUUGGCCUUGAUGGGGUUCUGUGCCAUCCCCAAACCAGUCACUAUAAAGCCAGUGGUGACAAGGCUGAGAUGGGAGAAGUGGCUUCUCAAAGGAAAUGUGGGGUACUAGUAGGAAGAGAAAUGGAUGCUGGUUGUCCAAGAGAAUUGUCAUCCACUGCCCAAGAUGCAGAACUAGUAAGUGACCUUGUCCACACUUGUGCCUACCCAUUGGGUUCAGACAAACUGUUGAGAGGCCGACAUGGCUUUCGCCUGAUGUUGCUUGGCCAGUCUCUAAGGAAGGCAGUCAUCACUAUCCUGGACCCCAUCCCUUGUGCUGAAGUCCUCCCAUCCAGGGCUCUGAGCUUGCUUUUCUGUGGUUUGGAGCCAGUGUCCAUAGCCAAGCAGUGCAAGUCAUUCUGGAGUCUAGCCCAUGGGGCAUUAACAAGUGUUAAUGUGUGUAACAAGUGUUUUGUGUACAAAGGCAGUGGGCUGGUCCUUCAUCUCUUUGGCCUUCCAUGUACUUGACAAAUGUUCACUGUCCACCCCCCCCCCAAUGGGUCAGAUCACUGGCUAGGGCCCCAAGGGAGUCCACCUUGCCCUCUGGGGGGGUGCAUACUCCAGGAUGGAUCUGGAGGCUCAGAACUAUCUUAUCCUCUGGGCCAGAGGAAACGGAAGGCUUUCUGGAGGAGGUGGCAAGGACUUUCAGGCAGAGAGUGGACAUUAGGUGUAUUGACCUCCACAGGCCACAAGUUUGAAAGCAAAGACCACAAGGGCACAGGUGCAUUUGUAGAUCAGGGCUGCAGGGGCUGGGCCAUCCAGGCUCUUAUCCAAGUACAGACCCUGCACUUCAGACUAGAGUUCACAUUUGUGAGAUAUUUGGUACAGAGCCAAGGGUAGCCCCUGGGCCUAGGAAAAAGUGUCUACCUUUCAGCCUACCAGCCCAGGAGGACCCAGCUGGUUUGGGGGAAACCAGGCAGAUCCCAUUUGCUCCCUGGUUGGCAGCAUCUGAGACCUUCCUUUGCCCAGAUCCUUCUACUCUGACCUUGUUUCUUAACUUUCUCCACAUAAGUAUUAUGAGCACCUCCGUGUGCCAGACAAUGACCAACUGUUGCUCCCAGUUUUAAGUCUGGCCAGUCUUUGCAAGGGAUACCUCUUGAGUCCUCUGUCUAUUCCUGAGUAAUUUAUCCGUGCAAUGCUGCAAGUGUCCUACAGCUGCCCGAAAGCGGCGAUAAGUGGGCGUCGGGUGACUCCCAUUUGCCCACCUCAGAUGCGGAGAAUGAUAAUCACCUGGCGUGGUGGCUGUGAUGGAAGGUUCUAUUUGUAUGUGACCAGGGGUUGGGCCUGAUCCCUGAUGCCUGCUCCGGGCUGCUCCCCUAGACUUAACCGCCAGAGCUCUACCAAUCGGGGGCCAGUUCUGUCUGGCGCCCGUGGUUGCAUUUCCACCGGGUGGUCCCCUGCCCCUUCGCCUGGCCUACAGGCCCCUUGCUCCCCGCAGCCCGGGACCCUAAAGAAUCACAUCCGGAAUGAGGGGACACGAGAGGCGGAGCGCGACCCGGAGGAGGAGACCGCGCCUCCCCGCCUCCCGCCCGCGGCCCUGCAGCAGCCGCCACCAGCCUGUAGCCACCUAGCUGCCCCUCUCGCGAAACCCGCCGUGUCGCCCGCGCGUCCCAAGCCUCCCCAGGCCGGAGGCUUCCGCAGGUGAUGGCGGACCAGGGUGUGGAGGGCCUGGAAACCGCCGCGCGCAUGCCGCCCGGCCUGGCGCAAGAAGGGGGCGCGCGCCCGGCCCCCGCGACUGGGGCCCGAGAAGCCAGAGGAUGCGGACACCUCGACUCCGCAGCCAACCCCGGAACCGUACCGGCUGCCCUUGGGUAUCGGGAAGCGGCCUCCGCGGCGAUUGAUCCUAGCCUGGAAAACGGUCUUGUCGGGGACGCGGCCCCAGAAACCUGUGGCGCAGAGCGGUGCAGAGCUCAAGCUGGAACCGGUGGGAAGGCCGAGGAAGUGACGAAUGAAGGCGCCAUCUUCAUGGAGGAGGUGGAGAGGGAGGUGCAAAAGCAGCAGGUGGAGGUGAUGGAGGUGGGAGUGGAGGUGCAGGAGGCCCCGAGGCCUCUAAACCUUGAUGGCCCAGUUGUGAAUCCACUGGAAGCCAUCCAGUGGGAGCUGGAGGAUGUGAGUGCCCAGGCGGACAGGGCCUACCUGCAGCUGGAGCGCAGGUUUGGGCGCAUGUGCCGGUUGCACCUAGCCCGUAGGAGCUUCAUCAUCCAGAAUAUUCCUGGCUUCUGGGUCACCGCCUUCCUGAACCACCCGCAGUUGUCAGCUAUGAUCAGCCCGCGAGAUGAAGACAUGCUCGGCUACCUGGUGAAUUUGGAGGUGAGGGAGCUCAGGCAUGCCAGGACGGGCUGCAAGUUCAAGUUCCGCUUUUGGAGCAACCCCUACUUCCGGAACAAGGUGAUCGUGAAGGAGUAUGAAUGCAGAUCCUCAGGCCGGGUGGUGUCAAUCGCAACUCGCAUCCGAUGGCACCGGGGCCAGGAACCCCCUGCUCUGGUACACAGGAACCGGGACACUGUCCGCAGCUUCUUCAGCUGGUUCUCACAGCACAGCCUCCCAGAGGCAGACAGGGUUGCCCAGAUUAUUAAAGAGGACCUAUGGCCCAACCCCCUGCAGUACUAUCUGCUGGGGGAUAGGCCCCACAGAGCCAGGCGAGGUUUAGCAAGGUGGCCCACAGAGGCCCCUUCUAGGCCCCAUGGGUUCCAGUCUGGCUAAGUCCUGCCCUGGGACCAGGCCGCUACAUAAGACUCCCUUCUAUCUCCUGUGGACCUGUGCUUAGGCCAGCGAUAGCACUCUAUCUGCUUUCUCUUCCGUGUAUUCUGGACUUUCUGUAUGUUCAGUAGACUUGGGUCCAAGAUUGUGGCUUGCAUGGCCAAGUUCUUCUGUUUCCAUGUGGCCUUCAUGCAUCAUGGGACUGUCACAUGCGAGUGUCUACCCAAGCACCCAGUGCCAUGGACGUGUACUGCCAUCACCUUCAUGGCCUAUCUUUGAUCAUGGCCUUCCCACCCAUUUUUGUGAUGGGCACCCACAAGUCAUUGCUGGGAGAACCAGUGCCUCUUCAACGCCUACUACGUCAAGGCCACAACAUGCUGGGCUUCAUAUUUAUACUAGCCCACACAUUGACUGCGGCAAGCGGAGUCUCAUCACCCGUGAUGAAGUGGGCACAUUGUGCUGGCUGUCAACAGACUUGGACAUUCCAGGGCCUCAGAGCUUCAGGAUCACCGGCCAGGCUACUGGACUGUUGGGCAUCUGGCAGAACGGGCAGAGCCAGCAGGUGGCUGCUGGGCAUGAGUGAGGUCAAGGACACGAAGCCUUUGGGAUCAUACUGCUCCUCUUACCCAUGUUGGUCUACCUUGCAGCCUGCUACCUGCUUGUGAAGGUCUGUGCUGUACCCUACCAAUGUCUGGCCAUCACUGUUCUCAUGAGUUUUGCCCAGGCUGCUACCAACCCUGUUGAAUGCUCCCAGAAGCUGUCAGUGGACCCAGGUGGGCCACUGCAUAAGAGGGCCCCCAAACCCUAGGAACUCUGCUGCACUGGCAUAUCUGGGCAUGUGUUCAAGGCAGGGGCAAUGACGGGAUCCCUUCCAGAAACCUUUAUGAGCACCAGUCAAUGAACUCCCAUGGGAUCCAGCUCUCUCGUCUCCACCUGUUGUUAGGCUGUCGGCUGGGGAUGCUGGAGAAGGGGUGUUUCUGGUCAUGGGGCCUUUCUACACACCUGCCCAGAGCUCACAUCUUUCUUUCCAUUUUCUUUAAAGUGACAACUCAGAAACAGAAACAACUGAAGCAGCAUGUUUUUUGGGUUUUUUUGGUUUGUUUUUAUAAAUAGCUAGAGACAGGCUUUCUUAUUGAAUUUGCCUCUGUCUCCAGAGAAGGAGGGAUGGUUCAUAGAGUGCCAGUGCUGUCUUUGUUCCCUGUGCUCCCAUGUCCUGCCCCCUUCAGUAAGGCCCAGAAUCUUCAAAGGGGGACAGUACAGGGCUGCUGAACAGAGAGACCAGGAGGUCUGGGUUCCCAGGGGUAGGGACAGUUCAUUAUUUUAUGCGGUGUUCUCUUAGACUAACUUUAGCCCCAGCUCUACUUCAUUCACCAGGUCCAAAACCCGUCGUGGGAUCCUGUAGGUACUAGAGCCUAGCUGCCCCCCACCCCAAAUUCCCCUUCCCAGGCUUUCGGGGCUGUCUCCAUCUCAUUUGGGGGAUGACCAUACCCAGGCCCCUUCCCAUGGAAGUCCUUGUCUUUUCUGCCCCCCAGGACCUGGGAAGGCCUUGACACAAAAUAAUGGUGGGGGUGGGGUGGUAGAGGGCUGUUGCUCUCAGGCCGGUAAAUGCAACAGAAGCCAGAGCCAGCUGGAAAGGCAGGGAGGGAUGCCUGAACCCGUGGAGUGGAGGGAAGUGAGCCCCCUGGUUGUUCCUAACUUUUCUGAUUCAUCAGGUUUUUAAAUUAGAACUAAUAACACUGCAACUUCACAGGUUUUCUCUAUCCAGGCAUGACCCUGUGUUUGUAGAACGUUAAUGCUCUGUUUUUAAUUUCACUGCUUUUAAGUAAGACUCUAUGCAUUCUCUUCUCCAUUUCUAGCAACUGGGGAAAUUGAGUUGUCCAGGCCUGCUUGCUGCUUUUAGUUGAGAACAUUUACAAGAAUGUCAUUGUAAUUUUUCAAUGCCAUUUGGAACCUAUGUGGCCAUUCAUGAUUGUUAUCAGGUUGCCGUGGCCUGUUAAUAUAACCCUGUACUUAGUAGUUUGAGUAUGGUAGUAUUGUAAGACUUAAAUGGAAAUUGUUACCAUGUUCUGUGAGGAUAACCUCCAAAAAGAACUCUAAAACGCUAAUGAUCUUGAUUCUGUGCUCCAGUGGCCAUGUUGUAGUCAACAUCAUUGUAAAUGACAUCUCUGCUUCUAAACAGUGAAAUAUUCAUGAGGUGGCUUUGUCCAAUCAGAA